UGUUCUUUGCCUGCUUAGGUUCUGUGGUUUUGUUUGUCCAUGAUUCCUUUUCCAGCCAAAUCUUACUCUUUUAUCUAUCCUUUUCUUCACAUCUCAAAAGGGGUCUUCCUCUUUCUCUCCCUUCCCUGCAGCUCUCUCCUCCUCUGCCAAAAAAAGAAAAAAAGAAAAAGUCUAUCAGUAAAUGGUUGGCUUCAUAUUCUCCUCCUGCCUUGUGUGUUGUCUGUACAGCAAAUCAAGAUUUGGUUCCCCUCAAAUUCGCCAUUUUCGGGAAUUUACCAUCCAAAGUCGAUUAAUUUGGUGUCCAGGGCAGUGCUCUGAAUCAACCCAAAAUGACUGGAUGUAAGUAGCAUUGAGAGCGGGAAAUUAACUGUGCAAUUAAGAAGAUGGAUUUCCGGGAAGAUAUUUUGAGGCUCGGGUCAUUCCCGACCACGACUUCAAGGAACAUGUCCUCGUCAUCAUCAGCAUUCUUCUCAGCAAACCAGUCGCCAUUCUUCUCUCCUGGUUCUCCGGCAGGCCCCAUGUCAAAUUCUGACCGGUUGGAGGGUUCACGUGGAAGCAUCUCGUUAAGCACCAAGUCAUGUAGCUCCAGCCUAGGACUUGCAGACCCGCAAGCCCUUGAUAUGAACAUCAGAGGAAUCUUGUCUGACAUGUCAGCAGUCUCACCUGCUGGUCCAUUGGAUGAGGCUGAAAAGGUUGAGGACAUCUGCCUGGGACGACAGGAGAAGCUAAAGAGGCAGGAUAGAAGAAGCCCUUUAACUCCAAGCUCUGUCUCUCUUUCCUCUAACAGGCUAAGGAGCUGUGAUGUGUUUGUAGGCCUCCAUGGCCGAAAAUCUUCCAUCCUCUGCUUCGCAAACUGGCUUCGGGCAGAGCUUGAGAUUCAAGGCAUGAGCUGUUUCAUCUCUGAUCGGUCCCGCUGCAGGAACUCUCGCAAACGUGAAGUCAUAGAGAGGGCAAUGGACAUUUCUACCUUUGGGGUCAUCAUUUUGACUAGAAAGUCCUUCAGGAAUCCCUACACGAUUGAGGAGCUUCGGUUCUUCUCGAGUAAGAAGAACCUUGUCCCAAUAUACUUUGAUCUAGGUCCGGCGGAUUGCCUCGUGAGGGACAUAGUCGAAAAGAAAGGAGAGCUUUGGGAGAAGCAUGGGGGAGAGUUGUGGGUUCUCUAUGGAGGAUUGGAGAAGGAAUGGACAGAGGCUGUUAAUGGCCUCUCCCGGGUCGAUGAGUGGAAGCUCGAGGCUGGGGAAGGGAAUUGGAGGGACUGCAUAUUAAGGGCUGUGACUCUUCUCGCAAUGAGGUUGGGGAGGAGGAGCGUGGUGGAGAGGUUGAAUAAGUGGAGGGAAAAGGUUGAGAAGGAGGAGUUCCCAUUCCCCCGAAACGAAAACUUCAUCGGGAGGAAGAAGGAACUCUCUGAGCUCGAGUUUAUUCUAUUUGGUGAUGUUAGUGGGGACUCUGAACGAGACUACUUUGAGCUCAGAGCAAGACCAAGGAGGAAGAGUCUAACAAUAGGGCGGAAUAAAGGAGUUCUAUCAGAUGAGAGACGGAAAGAGAAGGGGAAAGAAGCAGUUGUGUGGAAGGAGUCGGAGAAGGAAAUUGAGAUGCAUGGCAUGGAAUUAUCACAUGUUGAGAACCGGCCGAAGCCAAAAACUGUUCAAAAGUUCGCGAGAAGGAGAAGAUCAACAAAGAUUCUCUACGGAAAGGGGAUCGCUUGUGUGUCCGGCGAGUCUGGGAUUGGGAAGACCGAGCUUCUUCUUGAGUUCGCUUACAGGUACCAUCAGAGGUACAAGAUGGUCCUUUGGAUCGGAGGACAGAGCCGGUACGUUAGGCAGAAUUAUCUGAACCUAUGGUCAUUUCUGGAAGUUGAUGUUGGGAUUGAGAAUGGUAUCGGAAAGAGCAGGAUUAGGAGCUUUGAGGAGCAUGAGGACUCUGCAGUCUUGCGCGUCCGGAAGGAGCUGAUGAGGAACAUCCCAUUCUUGAUUGUGAUCGAUAACUUGGAGACUGAAAAAGACUGGUGGGACCACAAGCUCGUGAUGGAACUCCUCCCUCGUUUCGGAGGUGAGACCCACAUCAUUAUAUCGACCCAACUCCCCCGAGUAAUGAAUAUGGAGCCCUUGAAGCUCUCCUACCUCUCUGGUGUUGAGGCAAUGCAAUUGAUGCAGGGGGCCCUCACGGAUAACCAUUCAUUAGCUGAGAUUGAUGCGCUGAGAACAAUUGAGGAGAAGCUUGGACGACUAACUCUGGGUCUUGCAAUUGUUGGGUCCAUCUUGUCUGAGCUUCCAAUAAACCCAAGCCGCCUCUUGGACACUAUCAACAGGAUGCCCCUGAGAGAUAUCACAUGGAACAGUCGUGAAGGAAACUCGCUGAGGCGGAACACUUUCCUACUGCAACUCUUUGAGGUGUGUUUCUCAAUCUUCGACCAUGCUGAUGGGCCCAGAAGCCUUGCAACUCGAAUGGUGCAGGCGAGCGGCUGGUUUGCUCCAGCUCCGGUUCCAAUUCCAGUGUUAACUAUCGCAGCCCAUAAGAUUCCUGAGAAACAUCAUAGUACCCAGUGCUGGAAGAAACUGCUCCACUCCUUAACGUGUGGGUGUGGCUCAUCAUAUGCAAAAAAAUCCGAGGCGGAGGCUAUAUCCAUGUUGUUGAGGUUUAAUAUCGCAAGAAGCAAUACAAAGCAAGGAUUCGUUUACUUCAAUGAUCUCAUUAAACUUUACGCGCGGAAAAGGGCAACCGUCGGUGCUUCUGAGGCAAUGGUCCAAGCUGUUCUAAAUCGUGGAUCUGUGUAUGAUCAUGCGGAGCACAUGUGGGCAGCGUGCUUCCUAACACUUGGAUUUGGGACAGAUCCUAUCAUUGUUGAGCUUGAGGUCUCGGACCUCCUCUACUUCGUGAAGGAGGUUGCCCUGCCUCUGGCAGUCCGGUCCUUUAUCACAUUCUCGAGGUGUGGACCAGCUAUGGAGCUCCUACGCAGGUGCACUGAUGCUCUCGAAGCGGCAGAUCAGGCCUUUGUGACGCCCGUCGAAAAGUGGCUCGACAGGUCAAUUUGCUGGAUCAGGCCGGUCAGGACCGAGGCCCAGCUCAACCCUUGCCUGUGGCAAGACCUUGCACUGCUGCGGGCCACGGUCCUUGAGACACGGGCCAAACUCAUGCUCCGUGGGGCCCAGUUCGAUAUUGCGGACGAUCUCAUCAGGAAGGCAAUAUAUAUCCGGACCUCAAUCUGUGGUGAGGAUCACCAGUUGACUGUUUCGGCCCGAGAGACGCUGAGCAAGAUCACACGGCUUCUCGCAAAUGCGCAGAUUAGUUCUUCCCCAUAGAUGACUGGUUCUUCCUGUAAGCAGAAAAAGGGGGAUGAAAAAGAAAAAGAAAAAGCAAAUGGGUCAGAGAUUAGAUUUCAGUAUAGGGAUAUAUACCUAAUAAAAUGUCAAGAUUCUCUUUUCUUUUUCCUUUUCAGAUAGAUCCCAUGUCAUAUCAGAGGAAUUUUGUAUACCAUUUUGUUCAUUCAUACAAGAUCUCCUCAUGUUCUAUAGUGCUUAAUCUCCUCUGUAACAUCAAUGUUCUGAUUCUUUCGAGUCUAUAUAGAUCCCGAAAUCGGUUGUCAAGCUCCAAAAA